AUGGCCGCGGCAGAGCACCUGGCUCUUAUGGUGGAGGCGUCGGGCACCGAGGAGGUCAAGGUGCCGGAGGCAGUCGACCCGAAGCGAGUUGGGCAACGACGCAUCGUUGUCGCCACGCUGUCCGUUGCUGCGUUGGCCACGGUCGGCUCGGUCGCCUUCUUCUUCCUCUUCCAGGGCUUCGGUGGCCAGCCUGCGGGAUCAGAGGCGGAGCCCGAGCUGGAGCUUGAGAUCACCCACGAGGAGUUGCUGCGGAAGGUCGCCAUGGACUUGGCGCCUGAGAGGACAUUGUCCGAGCUUGAUGAACUUGACUUCGAGCCUGACGACGCUGAGCUUGUGAACAGUGAGGAAGCCAGGGCCGAGACGAUUGUGUGGUGCGGCGGCCACCACGCAGAGACAUGUGCUGCCUGUGGCGAUCAUAGUGGUUGGUGUAACGGAGACUGUGAGUGGAAGAACAACAUGUGCAUAGACUUGCCGGAGCCGCCGGAUCUCUCCCCUGAGAACCCUUUCGGUUGUCCGAUCGAGAAUGGCAUCAUGGGCGGAGGUUGCCGGGCUCGCACUGCCAGCAUCCAUUUCAAUUUCUUCAGGCCAAAGCACGCGCGGGAACCAAUGUGGUACUACAACGAAGUCUACCCGACCGAAUCGUCGACGACCACGUAG